GGGUCCAGUGUAUGAUUGGUUUUGUGGUUCUGGCAGUCCGGACUAUCACCGUCCCAUCCAUCGUGGGCAGAGUUGUGCCUCUAACACUGACUGAUGGUCUCUGGAUGCGUUUUUUUUCUCCAGUUUUUGCCUACUUGCUGCUUGCAGUGAGUGACACCUUUGGCAGGUUUGCCACCAUGCUGUAUGUAUUUCCUAGUGCCAGACGUAUAUGGCUGUUGCUCUUCGUUGGCCUGUACAGUCUUUUCCUCCCUGCCUUUUUAUUCUGCAAUGUCCAGCCCCGCAGUCACCUCCCAGUUGUGUUCAAGUAUGAUGCUAUUUUCAUAGUACUGGUACUAGUUUUUGCCAUGAUGGGUGGCUACCUGCGGACCAUCUGCUCCUGCCAUAUAACACAGAUAAUGCCUGUGGAUAAAGUGCAUAUUGCAGGAGAGAUGGUGAACCUGUUCUCUGUUUAUGGCUCCAUCCUAGGAUUUCUGGCGUUCCUGUUCACAGCUAUAGUGUAGUUCUGUUUUUCAGCAACUUACUGGCUAAGAAGGAAAACUUGAGACUACACAACUGCAGGUUCUAACCCCACCCAACGCACUUGUCCAAAUGUAGAUCUGAAUGUAAUCCUGAAUAUUUAUCAAUCUAUUGAUUUUCAAACCCACCCAGGUUCACCAAGGCCAAGAGCUAUAUUAGUAGCUUUGAGAACAAGAAAGGGUGGGAUUCCAUCACAGAGCACAGACUCACUUACACACUCACAAUUAAAAAUACUGGGAGAAUUUAGAGUUGGCAAUUAACCUAAUAUUCAUGUCUUUAAGAUGCAUGAAGAAUACCAGCCAUGAGCUCUUACAAGAUCCAUGUAGAUCAUAAACAGCCUAGUGUAGUAUUUUGUCUGUUUCUUAAGUGUGUUUUGUCUGGUUUGGGGUUUUUCUGCAUGGGAAUAUUGUUUUUGAUAUUAGAUUUUAUUUUGUCUUCUAUUUUUAGGUGCAUUCUCAUAUAAUUUGCACCUAUUGUGAAAGCUCAUAUCUGUCAGUCCGCAUAAAACAACUUGGCCCCCAGUGGAUCAAUUUUGCUGAAAUGUGGCACACUUAUUCUUCAGGAAAAUUUGCCAAGACAGUUCCUUUUUCACUCAGAUAUCUUGAACAGAUCAUGCUGUACAAAAUUUUUAAAUUUCAAAAUUUCUCAUUGUUAAGCAUUGGCAAAUUUGGAAGCUCGUCCAUCUUCUAACAAAGAAAUGUUCUGU